UGUGUGUGUGUGUGUGUGUGUGUCAGGGGUGCGUAUGUGUGUGUGUCAGGGGUGCGUGUGUGUGUCAGGUUAUAGUUCUGACAGGUCAUGACGUCAAGGCAAGCCACUCUCUUCGUGCUCUUAUUUCAAGUACCAACAACAGCGUUCUUCUAAUCGACAAACGAUACAUGCUAUAUGCAGGGAUCUAUUACGCUGCGUUUAGCAAGUUGGCGUAAUUUUAAAGUCUGGUGACCUGAGCUUGAAGUAGUUUUAAUUUACAUAUCUGGGUAAUAAACCAUGAAUACAACUCUACAGUGACUUAUGAUGAGACAGGCGGCAGGCCAGUCUCUGAGUGUUUCUGAAGAUCAAGACAUGGUUUAUAAUAACAGCUGAUGUGCCUGAAUGAUGUUGCCCUUCAGCCUGUGUAUAACUGUGUGUAGACUUGUGGUUAAGUACGGGUCCCGCCCACGAUCAGUAUAAUGAAAUGUUAAUUUACAUGUUACAGUAAAAAGUUUUUGAAAGGUUUUUUUGUGGUUACCUCAAGUGUCUUCUUUCAGUCCAUAAAUUGAAUCUGUUCAACGUGCGAUUCGUGUGUGGUCGAAAAAAAGGAAGAGAGUGGUACCAUAACAACAAGUGUGUGUGCAUUGUAGACACUUCCGCCAGCUAUAGAAACUUAUGUAAGCCGAUCUAUUUUUGAGUUUAACAUUGUGCGCCUCUCCUAAGGUCCCUGAACUAACCAAAGCCUCCUUGGUGGGGCUAGGUCGUCUUUAGUGCUUGUUUAUUUCCCGGUGAUAAGGUGCGGUUCACCACAUGUUGCUGUGGCUCCAGACUCCCUCUGCAGGUGGACGAUGUCCGUGGCUGCCCUGCGCAUGAUCCGCUGUCGGAGGCUCAGCACCACAGGAUCGGGGGCCAGGAGAGUUCUGCCAUGGAAGCACAUGAAGAAGAUUGCUAAAGUGACAAGCGCAGUGGUACUGGGAGGCUGCGUAUUCAUCACGUAUGAGAUGCUGGCGCUGGACAAGGCCUUGACCCUCAACACGCAGGCCGCCCAACAGGAGAGAUACCAGUCCUUCAUUUACCUGAAGACCAACCCCUCCAACGAGCGGGAGAGCACUGCCAAAGAGAUCACCCAGAAAACGAGGAAAGAGCUUCAUAAAGUAGCCAGGAAGUUCAUGGAGAUCUCUUCCAGGAUCUUGCUGCAACCACUAGAUGAGCACUUCAGCCACCUGGACGUGGACCCCCACGAGGUGGCCCUGUGGGUCCUGCUGAAGAGGACGCGGUCCGACUCUCUGGACGUGAGGCUCCACGCGGUCCAGGAGCUGGCGGAGAACCACCACUGGCACGACUACCAAUACCAGACAGCCGCCCAGGUCCUGGACCAGCGCGCGGCCGUUGGAUUGGCCCGGACCCCCCAGGUGGACCGGCGCUUCUUCCUGUCCCCGCCGACGCUGCCAGACAAGGAGAAUGGCGUCUCCGUGGAGGACGAGCUGAGGCAGCUGCUGGCCUCCCUCCCCCAGUCUGAGGUGGACCAGUGUGUCCAGUACUUCACCUCUCUCGCCCUGCGAGAGAGCAGCCAGUCGCUGGCGGCCCAGCGGGGCGGUCUGUGGUGCUUCGGUGGUAACGGGCUCCCCUACGCCCAGAGCCUCACCUCCGUCCCCUCGGAGAAGGUGGAGUCCUUCUGUCUGCAGGCCCUGGUGCAGCACUCGAAGGUCCAGAGCCACUGCGACCACAUCGUGGCCCACGGCGGCCUUCAGCUCCUGCAGAGGGUCUUCCAGCUCCGCAAGGACUCCCUGAAGAUCCAGAGGAACGUCGUGAGGAUCGUGGGGAACCUGGCGCUGAACGAGCGCGUGCACCAGGCCAUCGUCCAGUCCGGCUGGGUGUCGGUGCUGGCUGAGAUGAUGCAGUCGCCUCACGUGAUGCAGGCCGCGCACGCGGCCCGCGCCCUGGCCAACCUGGACCGGGAGACGGUGACGGAGAAGUACCAGGACGGCGUCUACAUCCUCCACCCGCAGGCGCGCAGCGACCAGCCAAUCAAAGCGGACGUGCUGUUCGUCCAUGGGCUCCUGGGAGCGGCGUUCAAGACGUGGCGACAGAAGGACUGCGACGGCUCCAAGGAGGAAGCAGGAAGUAGGGAGGACUACACCGAGUGCUGGCCUCAGUCGUGGCUGGCCGCAGACUGUCCAAACCUCCGGGUGCUGUCGGUGGAGUACGACUCCCACCUCAGCGACUGGAGGGCCAAAUGCCCCGCGGAGAACCAGAGGAAGUCGCUGGCCUCCAGGAGUCGAGAGCUGCUGAAGAAGCUGAAGUCUGCCGGCGUGGGGGAGAGGCCGGUGGUGUGGGUGGCCCACAGCAUGGGAGGCCUGCUGGUGAAGAAGAUGCUCCUGGAUGCGGCGGAGGACCCUGAGAUGCAAGGUCUGCUGAGGAACACCAAGGGCAUCGUGUUCUACAGCGUGCCGCACCGAGGCACCUACAUGGCCGAGUACUCGGUCAGCGUGCGCUACCUGCUCUUCCCCUCCGUGGAGGUGCGGGAGCUCUGUAAAGACUCGCCGGCCCUCUGUGACCUCAACGAGAACUUCCUGACCAUGGCCAGGGAGCGGGAGUACAAGGUGCUGAGCUUCGCCGAGACGAUGCCCACCACCAUCGGCCCCAUGAUCAAGCUUCUGGUGGUGCCACCGCAGUCAGCUGACCUCGGCAUCGGGGACCUCAUCCAGGUGGACACGGACCACCUGAACAUCUGCAAGCCGGAGAGGAAGGACUCGUUCCUCUACAAGCGCAGCCUCCUUUUCAUCCAGGAGGCGCUGCACAAUUGCCUCAGCCACUGAUUCCCUGAAUCCACCGGUUCUCCCUGAAUCCACCCGUUCUCCCUGAAUCCACUCGAACUCCCUGAAUCCACUGUACUUGAACCCCAACCACCCUACCAGUCCAACGGAAACCUAACUGCCUCACUUUACUGCACAUUGUCAAGGAACCACGUCUGUAUUGACCGCUUGGAUAGGACGUAACGGUGUCUUCUGUGUAUUUAUUAAUUAACGUAACACUUUGUCACCUUUGUACUUUGCUUUCCCCCAUCUGUCAUAUUGACGCGCAACUACUCAAUCUUAAGUGUUUUUAUUGCAAUGUUUUCAAAGAUGAUUAUAGCUGUACAUAGCUAAAGAUAGUGAUAUAAUAUAGGUUUAUUUUUUUUGGUAUUUUUCUUUACAUUGGAUAGGUUAUCAUGAAGGAAGAUAUCACAUAAUCUAUUUUUUGUGGUAGACAAAGGAUGCACUUCAACAGUUCACGACAAGGAACAUAGCCUAACGGACACAUGCUUCCACACAAGUUUUUAUUUUUUAAAUAAUGUUUUGGAGUAUUACUGCUCUAUUGUGCCAAACGAUCGUUCCUACCCAGUCGUACCUCUGAAAUAUUUACAAUUAUUGUGAAUCGUGAGGAAUAUUCCCCACUAUUCACGGAGCCUGAGGUGAAUAAUUGUUUUAGUAUAUACUACUAAGUGAACACUCCAAAAAUAAACAAGAAAACACUUUUUGCCGGA